AAGGCUUACCUUUGAGUCAGGCAAAGUUAAAGCCACACUUUCUUGGGGUCCUUAGCACACCGUUUUAUUUACAACCACGUCACCAGGAAAUACAUCCCGAAGCGUCAAAAUGCAGAGACAGGACUCCCAAGACGCGCCUCUUUUUGGUGAAGAUGAGGAUCACAUCAGGUUAAGAAAGUCCAAAAUUAGACAUCCACUGGCCUCAUUCUUCCAUCUCUUUUUCCGAACAAGUGCCAUCUUGGUCUACUUACUGUGUGAUAUCCUCAGCACUGGUUUCAUUGCCUGUAUGGUCACCAUCAUCCUCCUGCUGUCAUGUGACUUCUGGACAGUCAAGAAUGUGUCAGGCAGAUUGUUGGUGGGCCUUCGGUGGUGGAAUCAAGUGGAUGACGAUGGAAAGAGCCACUGGGUAUUUGAGUCAUGGAAGCAGACACACAGUAUGAACACGGCAUCUCAUGCUGAGUCACGGAUCUUCUGGCUCGGACUCAUCGUGUGCCCCGUCUUCUGGGUCAUGUUUGUGUUCAGUACCAUCUUCUCUCUCAAGAUUAAAUGGCUGGCGGUAGUAAUCAUGGGCUUGGUUUUACAAUGGGCCAACCUGUAUGGCUAUGUCAGAUGCAAGGUGGGUGGAAAGUCCAACCUGAGAAACAUGGCAAAGAACUAUCUUGGUGUCCAGAUUUUUAAACAGGCAAUGAAGAAAUCAGAGCGACCUUGAAGUUGAAGAGGAUGUGUGAUGACCAUUUGCAGUGUGACGGAGUACGAUGCUGGAUGGACACAUUAUAUUUACUUGAUUCCUGUUGAAAAUGGCUGGUAUUUUCUAAAGGGUGUUUUUAUUUUGUAAUUUCACUAAAGUUUUUCGUAAAAAGGG